GUGCCUUAUGCUCCGUGUAAAAUAUAUGAAAGUGAAGUAUAGAGAGCCGCAGCAAGUGUGAUUCUCUCUAGCAAUAUAUCGACGGGGAGGCUCGUCCUAUUGGAAAUGGGCCGGUCCUGUACUGUAUACUGCACACCACAUCAACGAAUAUUCGUCACACUUGUCACCUGCAUCCUCCAUCAUCUCCGUCCAAUGCGGCUUGCAAAAUUCAUCACGGGGGAAGCUAACCCGCAACCGAGGUCAUCCCAAGCUAAUACAGGCAGCUAGUAAUUUGUCCUUGCAGCAGCUUGCAGCUCAGUUCGUCCACUAACCCGAAUUCUGAGAGCUAGUGCCCGAGAACCCCGCCGAUCAGCACAUCUCCCACCAAGCCACCUCCACCUCCAAUCUCACCAUGGAUGGCAGCUACCACGCUACAACGUGGGGUUGAAGAAGAACCACCGAGCCUUCCCCGAAGAAGGUGCUGUGCCUGUGCAUCCCGGCUUAUCAAACGCACCAAGAAACAAAAGACUUGGGGCGCGCUGCAGUGGCCUGCGGGUCCGUCGAUACAUUGUCUUGCAUGCAAAUAGUUCAGGUCAUUGUCCAUGCAAGGCUGGCGGCGGUGCAACCAUCCAUUUUCCAGUUGAUCACACGACGUGCCGCACCGCUGCUUCGGCUCAACCCCAUCCUUUCGGUCUAGUCAGACGGGCCAUGGCCUAAUAAAAAUCCUCUAGAGCGGUGGGAGUUUGUUGCUAAUAUUGCAGAUUCCACCAGAUAUUAUAUGUAUCAGGGGAUCCCUAGAGUAGCUUCUGUCACCUCAUACAACGACCUUCUGAGGACGCAUCUCCUCACUCAUAUCUCGAGAUUUACAUACAGUUUGUCGUGUCUCAUCCCAUCAUGGUUGCGUAUCGGCUUGCUCUCAGCCUGUAUGGCCUAGCAUCGUUGCCUUAUUCGACGGCUGUCAGUGCUUCUGCCGACGCUCAUUCUAGCAGUUAUUGCUCGGUUAUCAAGAAUGGUAACUCUUCGCCUGGCUGCCAGGCACCACCCUCUGACUUCCUAGCGGGUAGCGGAGGAUCAACUGGACCAAAAGCGGAUGCUAGCGUUCUGGACAAUUCUUUCAAGGCCUUGGCGGAGCUUCAAAAUGAUUACUAUGAUGCUUCAGAGCUAACAUGGCCGACAUCGAUUGACUGGACCGGGGCGGUGAUCCAGACGAUUGUGAGCAGCACCAUGUCUACAUUGACAAAGAGUUUUAACGGCACUGUUGGGGACAAUGUCGAUGGAUGGAAAGAGAAAGAAAACCUGCUGUCUUUUCUACAUGAACAAGUUGCUGCGUACUACUUUGGGCAGCAAGCUGAACGAAUCAAGGGCGAGGCUUACGAUGAUGUGCUUUGGGUUGUUUUAGGGUGGAUCGAGGCGCUCAACUUCCGUCGUCUUCACGAAGAUUUGCACUAUGCUAAAGCAGGCUUUGUCGACAAGCCAAUCCCUGAGCAGCUUCCGCAGGCCCUUCAGCAGACCCCUUGGCAUGGGCAGUUUUGGCGAGGUCGAUUCGGAGAGCGUGCGGACGACUUUUGGGCGUUCAGCACGCAGGGAUGGGAUGACGUGCAGUGUCACGGAGGUAUGACUUGGAACCCUCGCCUAGAGACGUACAAAAACGCCAUCACGAACGAGCUCUAUAUUGCCGGCUCGAUUGCCAUGUACCAAUAUUGGCCUGGCAGUUACGACGGGAAGGGGCAGCAAGACCCUCGUCAGCUAAAGGCGGCAAUUGAGGGCUACAAGUGGAUUACCAAUGUCAAUAUGACGAAUGCGCAGGGUCUGUUUGUAGAUGGCUUUCACAUCAACCACGCCAUUCCGGGCAAUGUUGAAUGCGACCAGCGCGACGAGAUGGUUUACACAUACAACCAGGGUGUUAUCUUGACUGGUAACCGCGGUCUGUUUGAAGUGACUGGCGCUCCGUCGUAUCUGGAUGACGGCCACCGUUAUAUUCGCUCAGUCAUAAACGCCACUGGCUGGGAUUUGAGAACCAACCAACCAAAGGACCACAUUACACCAGGCCAGCUACCGCCCUGGCGGGGGCUUGGCCGCGGUGGCAUCCUUGAGGACCAAUGUGACUCAAGUGCUACGUGCUCGCAGGACAGUCAGACAUUCAAGGGCAUCUACUUUCACCAUCUUGCUGCGUUCUGCAGCCCUCUAACGCUGACGCACCCCAACAACGCCCGCAUGGUAGUCGACGACGACGCUUUCCAGAAGGUUCAGGAUGCGCACAGCAAGACGUGCGGAGCUUACCUUGACUGGAUCAAGUACAAUGUAGACGCUGCGCUCAAGACACGAGACUUGAAGGGACAUUUCGGCAUGUGGUGGGGAGCCAGCCUCUUUGGUGAUGUAAGCAAGCCUCGAAGCGAUGAUGGCAUCAACCACUUUGCUGCCAACGUCACCGACUACCGAAACGAAGGCACGCCACAAGAUAACGUCUGGGGCUUCGCGAAGUUCAUCCCUGGAGGAGGCAAUGCUACAGCCAUGGCGCAGAACAGACGACCGUCGGGCGGCGACCCGAACGAUCGCGGUCGCGGCAGAACAGUCGAGACACAAGCCGGCGGACUGGCGUUGUUGAAGGCGUACUGGGAGAUAUCACAAACUAGUUAGGCGUUGCGUGACUCAGUAAUGUAGAGCGUAUCGAACGAUGAGUGAGAACUACUUUGGGUGGAUGACCAAUGCAGUUAAUUUUCCACUGGGUUCUUCCCUUCCCCUUUGUGAACGUGAGGCUGAACUAGCGACAAGAUCAUUGGUCGGGGGAAUAAAGUUUAUGUUGGCG